AUGGACCCUGACGUCAUCGAGAUUCCUCCCCCAAUUCACCAACCUUCAAAUUUCUAUCACAACAACAAGGCAAGCUCCUGCCACCGAUUCAAAGUUUUUAUUUUGUAUUGUCUGGAAUUGUUGGAGGUGUUUAAUCAAUCCACAAUUUCGCCCUUUUCUGCUAUUGAGUACCUGCUUUUGCUGUUGUUAAGACCACCUUUUCGUGUUUGUUGCUGCAUGUGGGAGUACCUAAGAAUAGAUGUUAAUUUGAUUGAGAAACUUCCAAAUCACGCAGUUGUUUCUUCUCAGGUUGUUCUAUUAUGGCGAUAUGUGCGUGCUAUGCAUGUCAAUUUGCAUGAUGUGAUUGACAUUGACAAUGAUGAUGAUUCUGAGGAUGUAGUGAUAAUUGGCGAGAAAGUUAAUAAUAGUAACAAAGGGAAGACAAUUGAUGCUGUUCAUGAUGAUAUCCAAGUUGUGAAUAUGUCUGAUUAUACUUUCUCUGUGCCUGGUGCGGAAAAUUUUGGAUCAGUUAGCGGGAUUGCAUCUUCUAACAAUCUCCCUUCAGUGUCAAAUAAUUUGAUCAAUGUUGAUGGUCAUGGUUCUGAUCUAUCAUAUGAUGAUGAUGACUACAGUGAUAUUUUGUCGGAAGAAUAUAUGGAUGUAGAGAUGGAUGUAGAUGAGUAUGCAUUAUUACAGAAACGUUUUGAUAAUGUGGAUAUACCUCCUGGAAUUGAAGCACCUUUUACUUGGUUUCCACCAGGAUAUGAUGUAGGUUUUAACAAGACUGGAAAUAGUACAUUUUAUCCUUGGCAUCAUAUGCAGUCAAAUGCUGCAUUAAGUCCCAUGGUCCCCUCUUCUCAGCCUUCUGCGUCAUUAGAGCCAACUAAUUCUAAAAUUCAAGCAUCUUCAAUGGGUGGUACUGACAUUCAAAUGAAAAUGGAUAAUGUUAAUCACUCCUCUGGAACAGACUUGUCUUCUCCUCAAUUUUUUUCUCAAUCUGCCCCAUCUAAGAAGAAAUCAGCUACUUCAAAACUCAGAGGGCGUACUUCAAAUAAUUCAGUAGGAGUAGAAUCAUCAAAGUCUCACUGGUUUUCGGGGCCUUUCUAUAGUAAAAAGAAGCAAUACCUCAGUUUAUUUGACAAUUUAGAGUCUGUGAAGCUGCAACAUGCAGGUCAGCCACCAUAUGGGGGCCAAUUUCAAACUGCUAUGAAGGCAGCUGGUAGUAGCAUUUCCUCCCAUUCAAAUUUUAUUGGACACCAUGGAUCAUUGCAUAUUCCGGGGAUAGAACCAGCAAAACCUUGGUGGAAGGUUUCUCAAAAUGCUAAAUCAUUUCCUAUUCAUGAUAAAAAGUCUUCUAAUAUUGUUUAUCAUCCACUUGAUCCUCUUAUUGCCCAUCCUGAUCAUGGAUUUGAUAUCUGGGUUCACGAUUCUGCUGGAGAUGGAUUUAAUGGAAAAACAGUGGAUGGCCCUCUUGUGACAAUGUCGGAUGAAGCCAGAGAAGAAAUUAUGAGGAAUUUUCGAAGUUUUAAACAAUUUGACACUGUUGAGGACACUUCAGAUCAUUACUUUGUCCGCAACAGUUCUUCAAUGAAGCAGCCACCAAAGAAUUGGGCUAAAAAAAUCCAGGAAGAGUGGAAGAUUUUGCAGAAGGAUCUGCCAGAUUCAAUAUUUGUCAGAGUUUAUGAGUCAAGGAUGGAUCUUCUAAGGGCUGUGAUUAUUGGAGCUGAAGGGACUCCAUAUCAUGAUGGCCUAUUCUUUUUUGAUGUUUUCUUUCCCAGUGGCUAUCCCAGUGUACCACCGCAAGUCCAUUACCACUCUGGAGGUCUACGGCUCAACCCAAAUUUGUAUAAUUGUGGAAAAGUAUGCCUUAGUCUGCUUAACACCUGGAGCGGCAACAAAAACGAGAAGUGGCUUCCUGGUGUUUCAACGAUUCUACAGGUUCUGGUCUCCAUACAAGGUCUAAUCCUGAAUACAAAGCCCUACUUUAAUGAACCUGGAUAUGCACACAUGAGUGGUUCAGCAAAUGGUGAAAUGAUGUCCUUUCAGUAUAACGAGGACACAUUCAUUCUAUCAUUGAGGACAAUGAUGUAUAUGAUACGAAGGCCUCCAAAGAAUUUUGAGGAUUUUGUUAAGGGGCAUUUCUGCAGCAGAGCUGGUGAUAUUCUGGUGGCAUGUAAGGCAUACAUGGAAGGUGCUCAAGUUGGGUGUUUGGCCAAAGGAGGAGUCCAGGACGUUGAUGAGGGAGACAGAAGCUGUUCACAGAGAUUCAAGGAUUCUUUAUCCGGAUAUAUAAACAUGCUUGUCAGAGAGUUUGCUCAAACUGGAGCAAAGGACAUUGAGAAAUUCCUACCUCCUCCAGUAGCCACAACAGUAGCACUGGACAAGCCAUCAGGUGUUGUUGCUUGA